AUGUUUGCACUGUGGUCAGUGAGUGUACCCGGGCACAUCGGGAGCCACAGCCUGUUCACCUGCGAGCCCAUCACCCUGCGCAUGUGCCAGGGGCUGCCCUACAACUCCACCUUCAUGCCCAACGUACUGAACCAUUACGACCAGCAAACGGCCGCCCUCGCCAUGGAGCCGUUCCAUCCCAUGGUGAACCUGCAGUGCUCCCCGGAGCUCCGGAUGUUCCUGUGCGCCCUCUACGCCCCGUUGUGCACCGAGUAUGGGAGGAUCACUCUGCCCUGCCGCCGCCUCUGUCUGCAGGCCAAGAGCGACUGCUACAAACUCAUGGACAUGUUUGGCGUCAGCUGGCCGCAGGAGAUGGACUGCAACAGGUUCCCAGACUGUGACGAGUCCUAUCCCCGUCCUGUAGACCUCCUGUCCAGCUCAGACACAACCGAAUCCCCAAUCUCCGUCCAGCGGGACUACGGCUUCUGGUGUCCCAGAGAGCUCAAGAUCGACCCCGAGCUCGGCUACUCCUUCAUGGGGGUCCGCGACUGCUCCCCCCCCUGCCCCAACAUGUACUUCACACGCGAGGAGCUGACGUUCGCCCGCUACUUCAUCGGGGUGGUGUCCAUCGUCUGCCUGUCCGCCACCCUCUUCACCUUCCUGACUUUCCUCAUCGACGUGUCGCGCUUCCGCUACCCGGAACGUCCAAUUAUAUUCUACGCCGUGUGCUACAUGAUGGUGUCCCUGGUGUUCUUCCUGGGGUUUUUGUUGGAGGACAAAGUCUCCUGUAACGCAGCGAGUCCUGGCAAGUUUAGGGCUUCAACGGUGACACAAGGCUCCCAUAAUAAAGCCUGCACCCUUCUCUUCAUGGUGCUGUAUUUCUUCACCAUGGCCGGCAGCGUCUGGUGGGUCAUUCUGACCAUCACCUGGUUCCUGGCUGCUGUUCCCAAGUGGGGCAGUGAGGCAAUAGAGAAGAAGGCCCUGCUCUUCCACGCCUGCGCCUGGGGCAUCCCCGGCGUCCUCACGGUCACCCUGCUCGCCAUGAACAGGAUCGAGGGAGACAGCGUCAGCGGCGUUUGCUUUGUGGGGCUCUACAACUUGACGGCCCUGCGCUGGUUCCUGUUGGCCCCGCUGGGAUUGGACGUAGUGGUUGGCGUGGCACUGCUGCUGGCAGGCAUAGCAGCACUGAACCGCGUCCGCAUGGAGAUCCCACUGGAGAAGGAGAACCAGGAGAAACUGGUGAAGUUCAUGAUUCGUAUCGCCGUGUUCUCCGUGCUCUACCUGGUCCCCCUGCUGGCCGUUCUGGGCUGCUACCUUUAUGAGAACAGCUACCGAGCCAUCUGGGAGACGACCUGGGUCCAGGAGAAGUGUAAAGACUACCACAUCCCCUGCCCCUACCAGGUGGAGCGCACCAGUCGUCCAGACCUGGUCUUGUUCCUGAUCAAGUACCUGAUGAUGCUGAUCGUAGGAAUCCCCUCUGUGUUCUGGGUGGGCAGCAAGAAGACCUGCUUCGAGUGGGCCAGCUUCUUCCACGGCAAGAGACGCAAAGACGCAAUGGUGAACGAGAGCCGUCAGGUGCUCCAGGAGCCCGACUUCGCCCAGCUGCUGCUCAGGGACCCCAACACCCCCAUCGUGAGGAAGUCACGAGGCACGUCCACCCAGGGGACCUCCACCCACGCCUCGUCCACCCACCUGGCCAUGCUGGAUGAGCCGCCCAGCGCCAGCACCAGCCGGGCCGGCUCGGUCCGCAGCGCUCGCUCCAAGAUGAGCAGCUACCACGGCAGCUUGCACCGCUCCCGAGACGGCAGAUAUACAGCGUCCAGUUUCCGGGCCGUGGACGACCGGCUGCCAUACGGAAGCAUGUCUCGCCUCAACGACCAAUCGCAGUCCAGGCACUGCAGCACCAAUCGCCUGGACAGCCUGUCACGCCACGGCUCCACCCAGCGGCUGGAGACCCAGUCGCGGCACAGCAGCAUCAGGGACCUCAGCAGCGCCACCCAAGCUGUUCUCGGUGUCCCCGGAAACGGGAUCCACAGGGUCCUGGAGGAGGACGGAGCCACAGCCUGAACAGGAAGGCGGCUGUAAACCACUUUUCAUGGAUACUUCUGAAGAAGAUGUGACAGGAUGAGUAGAAGUGAAAGUAGGAAAGAUGAGUUUUCUUUUUCUAGAAGUUUAAGAAUGUGAGGAUCCUCAGUAAGUUGGACAGAGAGCGGAGUAGCAGCCACGUGAUGCUCCGGCUGACUGAUGGAGUUAGAAUAGGGCUACAGCCAGCCAAAUUAAGAGGACCGAGUGUGGAUCGAUGCCUUAAUAUGUCCUCUCAGCUUUACUCGACCUACUAGCUGAUCCCAAAAACUGAAGGUCACAAUGUCUUUCUGUCCAGUUUACAAAACUGUGAUGGAUUUCGUGGUCCUGAUGGCGACCUGUGGUUAGCUGACACUGGAAAAUGUUGACAGGCUUCACUGGCGGACCUACGUUACCGAGCCGGUCGAGAACAAAAUGUGACCAACGCUGACAGACAGCACUGGAUCGGUUUUUACUGUACGUGUUUGUAUGAAGGACUCUGAACAGGAUCUGAACGAUGGACCGUGGACAUCAUGAGCCUUCUCUUCUAGUCUGUGCUUUUAGCUCUCAGGAGGAUGGAAGCAGGGUACUUUUUUAAAAGGUUUACCAGCUACAUUUUUUGAACCUCUUCAGCUACUGACACCUCCCAUCAUUUUUUUAAAUGGUAACUCAGCCUUUUAAACCCCCCUUUAUAAAGGAAACUCUUCACCCCUGCUUUGAAACUCCAUGUUAAAGGUAACACAUUAGCAGUUUAAUGAACAAACACCCCCUGGCAGACACUACACGAGCUGUAAAUGACUCCUGAACUUUACAAAAGCCUUGUCUCAUUUGAAAAAGUGGUUUCCUUUUAUUAUUGAGUUAUUUCAUUGCUUCGGUGUAAUGAUGAGAAGAAAAAUGGACGUGUGGUUUGUCAGGAUGUGAAGGGCUGAAAUACAGGAAACAAGGUGAAUCUAAACUCCUGCCUUAUGACUGUGUUGAGACAGAAAGCUAAGCCAACUGUACAGACAGUGCGAUUACUCACAGAAUCAAAAACACAAGUAGACACAAACAUACAUACAUAUACAUACCCUAACCCACAGACAGCCAGUGUGUCUGUAGCUAGCCAGCUUGCAGCUAACAUACAGUUGGCUGGUUGGCGGUGGUAAACAGUUGGCUUCUCUUUCUGUCUGAACACACCUUUACAGUUUGAAUAGAUGAUAGUUCGCCCUAAGAGUCAAAUUCCAAGUAGUCUGUCCUGUUUAAGAACGUGUCCUUACUCGUAUAGCUACUGUAAAAUGUUAGACCG